AUGCGGGGCAGCCUGGGGAGCCCCCGGGCCAGCACUGUGGCUGUGCAGCUGCUCUCAGCCCUGUGUGGGCCACAGGAGCGUGGGCCACCGAGAUCCCCCUCCUGCUGCAGCACCUGGCAGGUAAAGUGUGGGUGGGAGGAGAGGCUGGAGAGGAGGGAGGGGCAGCUUCCCAGCAGUCACACAGUGGGGAUCAGCCACGGUCAGUGCGACCUUCCCCACCAUGAAUGCAGUGGCUCUGACAAACACCCCUGGGCUCCCUCCUGUGUCUGUGGCCUUGCAAGGGCUUUGGCACAGGCGCUUGUGGGCCCUUUCCAGCCUGAUGGCCUGGGAUUUCUGGGAGGUCUGACCGCAGAGGAGACCACCGGGCUCUUCUUUGGUGUGAGCUUGAGCAGCAGCAGAGCUUUUGCUUCCUCUUGCUUUCUAGGAAGAGCCGAGAGCUCCCUGGACUCUGCAGAGUGGGAGCAGCAUGUGCUUAAGUUCUUGCGAGCAUCCCUGAAGCUCAUUGAGGAUGAGACCUGGAGCGUGGGCCUGAGCCAGCAGCUGAGCCGGCAGCUGGGCAGCUCUGCCCCCGGCUCCUGGCAGAAGCUUUUCCUCUACAAGGCUCUCGGGACAGCGCUGGCAGGUUGUCGGGACCUCAGCCACGUCCAAGGGCAGGUGCUGAGGUUCCUCCAGGACACAGACUCUGCGGAGCUCUCUGAGACCCAGGGGAUGAUUUCUGUGGUGUCCCAUGCUGCUGAGACCCACUUCAACCUGGUCUUGGACACAGUGACCGCUUUUACCAGAGACAGGUUUUAUGAGACUUCCACGGGCUGGAAGGCACAGCUGCCGCAGGGCACAGAGAGACCUCAGGCCACUCGUGCUGCUCUGAUGUGCGUGUACAGCGGCAUCGCUCUGCGUGCCCCCAGGGAGCAGCUGCUCGCCCGUGUGGAUAGGGAGAUCAUGGGCACCAUCCUGCAGCUCUCCAGAGUCACACAGAGGGAGAUGCAGCUCAAGCUCGCCCUGGUGCAGAGUGUCACUGAGGUCAGCUCUGCCAUCCAGACUGUGGGUGAUGCUGGCAGCUUUGAGCUGUCCUCGAAGCAGGAGGUGACACAGACCCUGCUGGACUGGAUCAAGGAGGAGCCUGCGGACUCCCUGGUGUACGGAGUGUUUCAGGCCCUGGAGGAGUUGAGCAAGCUGAGGCCAGCGCUGAGCAGGGAGGAGAACCGCAGCCUGCUGGCAGUGUGCUGCCAGGCUGUCCUGUCCUCUCCUUCCUUCCUCUUAAAUGGGGAAAACAUCUGUGAAGCUCCUGCUAGAACAGCUGCAGAGUGGUGAAGAAUGAAUGUGGGACAAAUCACGUUUGGAUGCUUCACUCCUGCCACUUUCAGUCAAUAAAGGAGCCAAAUAACAUGCUUGUGAUUUAUAAACAUUAUUUUAAUGUUCAUGGCUUUUACAUGUUACACAUCCCAGGGUCUCAACUGCUGCAGUUCAUAUCACGUACGGUGAACAGGGAGGCGCUGAGUGUCCCAAAGCACGCCUCAAAUCUGUAGGAUACUCUUACCUGGAAACCUCAUUGGACAUUUACUCGUUGGUUUCUGAGUGUGUUCAACUAGGUAGUAGUUUAUUUUUAAUGCAUCGUAUUAAAUUUAUUUUAAACCACUUUUUUCUAAGCUGUAAAAUAUGCAAUGUGACUCAAUAUGUUUGAAUUGAAAUGAUUUGUCAGGUGACACGUAGUGGAAAUAAUCUUUAUUAUGACAGUGAUGUUUUUCUCAAGUAUUUUG